AUGGUCUCCUACUCUCUAUUUGACGAGCUGCAGCUGGCCGAUACCUUCACCCCGUCUGCCAGUUACGUCUCUGGGCGGGAGCUCUGCGACGCCCUUCCCACUGCCUUGCCCGAAUCACCCCAACAUUCCCGCGCCUCGCCGUCGAGCGGCGCACAGGAAGACGCAUGGCCGCUGCUCCCUGCGUUCCUUGCCGCCCGUUCCAGAGUCGUCCGCGUUUCCGCCUUCCCCACACCAUCAGCACCAGGGCCCGAUCUUGCGGCCAUGCUCAACGGUUGGGCCGGCCAACACCCCGCUAGCCCCCGGCCGAUAUCGAUUUGGCUGGCGCCGUGUGACGGCGGGAACCCCAACGAGAUCGCGGCGGGUGAUGUCCUGGCCGUCUUCGGGUCGCACGACACCCUGCGCGGCAAACCCAAGACCACUGUUAUUUGGGGGUUUUUCGGUGGUUUCUUCGUGACGAGGAAUCACCACCAGUGCAAGUCCAUAUUGGGGGUGCAAAACAUUCAGGCGCAGGGGUGGAAGCGUGACACGGACGCGCUCCCGCCGACCUGCGCGUUCUUGUCCUCUGCCGCGAAACACCAUCAGUACGCCGCCGCCCCGGCGUUGCACCGUGAUCUCGAGGCCCUGCGUCCCCACCAUCAGAUUUUUCCUGAUCGCGAGCUUCCUAUCCCUGUAUUAUCGGCUUGCGAGUCGCCCAAAAGCCCGCCUGCGCUCCCUUCGCCCAUCGUCACGCUGAGCGACAACUCGCUCCUCCUCUAUCCCAUGCGCGAAUCGGACGCAACACUCCUUUCUGCUUCUGUCGGCGGACCGUAUGUCAUCUCCAGCAACCCCCCUAAUCCGAGGACAGACUUCCGCACUGGCGACUGGCGGUGCCCCGUAAAGACGUGCGCAGCGCACAAUUUUGGACGAAACAUCAUCUGCGUGGGCUGCGGGCGGUCACGCCUCGAAAAUAUCUAUGUUGGCAGCAUGCCCCAGGGCCUCCCCCCCAACGCCUCGUCGCCCAUCAACGCCUCCCCCCGCUUCGCGACACCCGUCAGCGGCUUCCACCCGUUCGGCGCGCUGCGUCCCGCGCCCCCGCCGAUGCCGCUGCGCUCUGCCACGGACCCGUCCCCAAUGUCGCAGCACGCGCGUCUGCCCCCGGUGCAGCACGCGCCGCCGGGGGGCGCGAAGCCCGCCAGCAGCCCCUAUCCGCUGCUGACGCCGUCGGGCCGCGCGCUGAGCAUCGGCGGCCGCGUGCAGAACAUCUCGCGCGACCCGCUCGUCCCCUGCAUCAUGUACUGGCCGGACAACGAGCGCAUCCCCGACCAGGGCCAGAUCCGCCCGCUGGGCUCCGCCGUGAUCCAGUACCCGCCCAUCAUCAACACCGGCAACAAGGGCGCGGCCGAAAAGCAGCCCGGCGACUGGAUCUGCCACAAGUGCCACUACCUCAACUGGCGCCGCCGCAAGGUCUGCCAGACGUGCUUCCCAUAUGCGGAGGGCAACGGCGACUCGAUCUCGGCUGCCGUCCAGGCCGAGCGCAUCGCGCUCCUCGAGAAUGUCCUUGCUAGCCAAGUCCACGGCGCGCAGCAGCAGUACACUUGGCAUGCGGUCGAUGCGGCCAGCGGCGCUGUCCCGAGGGCGGACGCUCGCCCGCGUUCCUUCGUAACGCCGCCCGUCACUCCGACGACGCUCUGGCCGGAGGACGCUCGCCGCCCCUCCGCGGCCGUGCACGACUUUCAGCAGCAGCGGCACCCUAUCUACCAGACAGACGGCAACGCCUUGCAGCAGCGCCUCGGCCCGCUCGGGGUCACCGUCAACGCCGCGCCUGCGCCGCCGACGACACCGCUGCUGCCUUCGUUCCUGCAGGACAUCGUGCAGUCGCCGGCGCUCUCGCCGUCGACGUCGACGUCCUCGACGGACCUGUCGCUCGAGGAACACGACGGCGUGCGUGUGUACGGCGCGCGCAGGGCUCCCGGCGGCGGCGGCAGCGGCGCGGCCUCGUCCUUCACUCUCCCCGGACACAGCAUUUGGAAGCUGGACGGCGAGGAGAGCAAAACACUCUCGGGCUCCGCGGCGGGGCCCGCGCACCCCGCGGGCGCGGCAGAGGCCGUGUCCAAGCCGGACGUGUCGAUGGAGCUCGUGGCCGACGACAGUGAGGAGGGGACGUCGGGGCGCUGGAGAGGACGUUAG